AUGGCGCUGUGGAUAAGGGUCACCGGAGCUAUCAAAGACAAAGGCAGCAUCUGGGUCGCCAAGUUCGCUCCGGCCACCAUCCUCCGGAACCCUGUUCUCGAGACGGCCGUCAUCAAGGCCACCAGCCACGAUGAGCAUCAUAUCGACUACAAGAACGUCGAGCGAGUCAUGCAAUGGCUCGCCGCCUCGCCCUUGCAUCUCAAACCUCUCGUUUUCAGUCUCUCCUUGCGCAUGAAGAAGACGCGAAGCUGGCCCGUCGCUCUCAAGGGCCUAAUGCUCAUGCAUGGAAUUUUCUGUUGUGAGAUCCCGGCCCUGCAAAAAAUCGGACGCUUGCCUUUCGAUCUCUCCGAUUUCACCGAUCGCCAUUCCAAAUCUGAUAAGGUGUGGGCUUACAAUGCCUUCGUUCGUUCGUAUUUUACGUAUUUGGAUCAGAGAUCGGCGUUUGUGUCGUCUCAGUACCAAAGGAGAAGCAAACAGAGGAAGGAAAUCGAGGACACGUUGAUGCAGGAACUGGAGAAAUUGCAGAAGAUGCAAACCCUAAUUGAUACAUUACUUGAGAUCAGGCCUCUGAACGAGCGAAUGAGCAGCGUGGCCCUCAUUCUGGAAGCCAUGGAUUGUGUUGUGGUUGAGCUUUCUGAUCUGUACGGUAAAUUCUGCCGAGAGAUGUCUCGAAUUCUGUUGAGAAUUUAUGACAUGGGAGGGAAAAUGGAAGCCAGUGUAGGACUUCGUGUUGUGCAGAAAGCUGCAAUACAAGGGGAAGAACUUGCUUCUUACUUUGAGUCAUGCAGAGAAAUGGGGGUAGUCCAUGCCUCUCGGAGCCCUAAAAUCGAACGAAUCUCUGAAGAAAACAUUCGAACUCUGGAGCGAAUGGCCAAUGGGGAUCACGAGAAGAUGACGAAGAUGAUGACGACGACGAAGGUUGAAGAUGAGGGGGAGAAAAAUAAUAACCAGGAGAAGGCGAUAGUACUACUAUCAAACGAAGGUUCAGGAACAGUGAUCACUGAGAAAUGGGAGGUAUUUGAGGACGAUGACGCAUCUUUGAAUGAUGGAAAUAGUAUUAUUUCAACAUCAACCAACCCUUUUCUUGAUGAUUCGUACAGCCUAGUACCUUAUAAUCCACCUCACAAUCAAGUUCUUCCAGAUUUAAUUACUUUCUAG